AUGGCGGAGAAAAAACUUAACUUUGAUGCACCUCUUCUUUCCACAAGGCGUAUGAAGAAAGAAGCAGUGUCUGUGCGCACAAACAUGGCAAAGAAGCUUACUGAUGAUGACUCCAACACAAGUGAAUCCCUUUCUGUUCCUGUUCUUGUCCAAGACAUGAGCUUAAAUCAGGUUCCGGAAUCUGCCUCUGUUCCGUUCAAAUGUCCCUUGGAGAAAGCCAUUGAUGGAAACCUCACAAGACAACAGAGUUCAAAGGGUAAACAGGUUGAAGAAGAAGAAGAAGAAGAAAGUGAAGCUGAUGAUGAUGAUGUCUUCUCUGAUGCCGUUGAUACAUUGUCUCUCAAGCUUAGCCUAGAUGAUGGUGAUGUUGAAGCAACAACGCCGCCAAUAUCAUCCGAGGUUUCUCAGUCGUCUCGGGAUUUCAUGCUGAAUCGUUUCUUACCCGCCGCGAAAUCCAUGACUGUGGUGGAGCAACAACCUCAAUACGCUUUGAAGCGACAACAAAUCCCAGUCAUGUCUGAACCAAUGAGACAAAUCAGAGAUAUAGUACCAGCGGAGAACCGUGCAACUCCUAAGAGGUAUGAGUAUAAUACCACUCCAUCUUAUUAUCAUGGCAUAGACGAUGAAGAAAGCGAUGAAGAUGAUGAUGACGACGAUGAAGCUUCUGAGUAUCUUUCUAGGAGAGGCUGUGGUAUGUCACCACAAGUGUGCUUUAAAAAUUCACUUGGUAUGUUGAGCUCAGUGCAUGGCCUUAAAGAGAAACCUUACUCCCAAAGAACCUCAAGCCAUGAUCAAGUGAAGUCAAGCAAGGUCGCUCAGCUCAAAUCUCGGUUUCAAUCUGUGAAAAAGCUCGCUCUUGAUUACAAGCAAAAGUUGGGAAGCAAAGGUCAAUCUCCAGUACACCCUAGUGUUGGGAAGAAGUUUAACUUUGGAUCUGAACAAUUUGAAUCAAACCUGAGUACUGCAAGUAUGCCAUCAUCUCCUUACAGACAAAUUGGCUCUAUGUCACCGUAUCGCAGUGUAGGAAGCUGUUCCCCUCUUCACCCUGCGGGUUUCCCAGGGACUCGUAAAGAAGCAGAGAUUAUGAGAGCUAAUAGGUUGAACAAGCAUAUCAGAAACACACGCAAGUCUCAGGACUUGCUCUAUCCAAAAAGCACAAGACUUGACUGUUCUACAAGCUCUGUCAUGGAAAAGACAUUAUAUGUUGACACAGAGAAUUCUCCAAAGACCAGCAACGAUGAGGGUAACCCACAUGUCAAGAUCUUGCUAGAAACCAUGGAAACAAUUUCAGAGGAACCAGAAACGGCAGGAAACAAACCGAAAGCCAUUCUAGAGCUUGAAGAUGUAGACACUCUUAAUAUCAGCAGUGGAAUCAAGAAGAUGGAGGCAGAUGAGUUGGAAAAGAACAACAGUGGCUGUGCUCUGUCUCAUCUUGCUCCGCCGCCACCCAAAAAGCCUUCUGAUUCUUGGCUUUUGCGUAACCUUCCUUCAGUAAGCUCGAAGAUCCCUUCACGGAGAUACCUGUUUCGUCCCACAAAAAAGGAUCUCGAAGAUAACUCCACAAGUUUGACCAAAUGGGAAACUAUAGUCAAGACUUCUUGUAUGCACAGAGAUCAUAUACGCUAUUCCGAAGAAUUGGUUGCUCGUUCAUCUUUUCAAUCCACAACUUAA